AUGUCUGUCACAGACCAACUCUACAAACUUAUCGAUGAACAGAUGAAAAGACUGGAAAGACGAGAUAAAAGACAGGCGGACAAAGACGAAGUAAUCUUACAGGCUUAUUUAGAUAAAGAAAGUGCACAGAAGAGUGCAAAGGAUGAAGAAGAGUUACGAAGAGUUAGAAGAAGAUUGGGUGGAGAUAGGGCAUUUCGUGGGUGUACGGAAGAGGAGGCUGAGGAAGACUUACUGGAAAUCUUUGAAGGCGAGAAGGCGGAUAAGUAUGUUCAUGUUCUGCCCGAUGGUCAAGCUAUGGUUGUACUGAAAAAGAUCAAGAUUGUGGAGGGUGAUGUUAUUCGCAUUGAAAAAGGAGAGGCGUAUGAAGUAGGUGUAGUUAGAUCGUUGCAUAAAGGUGUGUUAGUGCUAGAGAGUCGAGAAAGAGAGAAGAAGUAUUCUUUGAGUAAGUUGUUAUCUUCAAGAUAUGUAAUUGUGAAGCAAAAUCCCGGGAAGACUAAGCAGCACUAG